AGCAGGGCCAAGCGGAGGGCCGGUGCCAGCGCCUCCAGCACCGGGACAGCAGCAGGAGCCGAGCCCGGGCAGCGGGCGCCGUCGCCAUGCGCUGGGUCCGGGCGCUGUGGAAGAAUGCGUCCCUGGCGGGGGCGCCCAAGUACAUCGAGCACUUCAGCAAGUUCUCCCCGUCUCCGCUAUCCAUGAAGCAGUUUCUAGACUUCGGAUCCAGCAAUGCCUGCGAGAAAACAUCAUUCACCUUCCUCCGGCAGGAGCUGCCCGUGCGCUUGGCCAACAUCAUGAAAGAGAUCAACCUGCUUCCCGACCGAGUACUGAGCACCCCCUCAGUACAGCUGGUGCAGAGCUGGUAUGUCCAGAGUCUUCUGGACAUCAUGGAAUUCUUGGACAAGGACCCCGAGGACCACCGGACCCUAAGCCAGUUCACCGAUGCCCUGGUCACCAUCCGGAACCGGCACAAUGAUGUGGUGCCCACCAUGGCACAGGGAGUGCUGGAGUACAAGGACACCUACGGCGAUGACCCGGUCUCUAACCAGAACAUCCAGUAUUUCCUAGAUCGCUUCUACCUCAGCCGCAUCUCUAUCCGCAUGCUCAUCAACCAGCACACCCUCAUCUUUGAUGGCAGCACCAACCCAGCCCACCCCAAACACAUUGGCAGCAUUGACCCCAACUGCAACGUGUCUGACGUGGUAAAAGAUGCUUAUGACAUGGCUAAGCUCCUGUGUGACAAGUAUUACAUGGCCUCACCUGACUUGGAGAUCCAGGAAGUCAAUGCCACCAACGCCACCCAGCCCAUUCACAUGGUCUACGUCCCCUCCCACCUCUACCAUAUGCUCUUUGAGCUCUUCAAGAAUGCCAUGCGGGCCACUGUGGAAAACCACGAGUCCAGCCUCACUCUGCCCCCUAUCAAGAUUAUGGUGGCCUUGGGUGAAGAAGAUCUGUCCAUCAAAAUGAGUGACCGAGGCGGGGGUGUCCCCUUGAGGAAGAUUGAAAGGCUCUUCAGCUACAUGUACUCCACUGCCCCUACACCCCAGCCUGGCACUGGGGGUACCCCGCUGGCUGGCUUCGGGUAUGGACUCCCCAUUUCCCGCCUCUACGCCAAGUACUUCCAGGGGGACUUGCAGCUCUUCUCCAUGGAGGGCUUUGGGACCGAUGCUGUCAUCUAUCUCAAGGCCCUGUCCACGGACUCUGUGGAGCGCCUGCCUGUCUACAACAAGUCUGCCUGGCGCCACUAUCAGACCAUCCAGGAGGCCGGUGACUGGUGUGUGCCCAGCACAGAGCCCAGGAACACAUCAACGUAUCGUGUCAGCUAGGGGCCUUCUCUCCCUGGCACCUAGGAGGAUGCUGCCACCUCUGAAUCCAGCCACCACAGGGACCUUCCCCAUCCCCUGGGGUACAGUGGUGAAGCUGGGUCUCCCUGCCGACCAGGUCCAUCUUUGUAGAAAUCUCAGUGGCCCAUCUGUGGUGGUCCCUAAGUGCCAAUCUGUCUCUAUGGAGAAAUCUAGGGGGUUUUCCUGGAGCCCGGUCUCCACGGUGAUGCCUGAGGGUUGGGGUUGGCUCUACCUGAUAGGGUGCCCCAAAGAUACUUUUCCAUGGCAGUUCUCCCAAGACCAGAAUUGUCGGGACCCCUGGGUCCCCCUCACUGCCUGCAUAGUCCUGGCCUCCCAAGUGGCUGCCCUGCUUACCUUAGGCCCGCACCCUGUACAGGCCCGGUCCUUUGUCAAUGUUAAGAAGGGUGGAUUGUAUCCUCAGGUCUGGAGGGAGAAUGGGGUGCACCCAACCCGCCCCACCAGGAUUCCAAGGCGAUCUUGGCGAAGUCGCCGCCCAGCAUGUCCUCAGGUGCACACCUCCCUGCCCCGUGUACACCCACCCUCUCCUGCCCGAGCUGCAGACCCCGGGUCCCCGCUCUGCCCACUAUGUGUGCACAGAUGACUCGCCCCCUAGGACGCCCCAUGUACAUAGCCGGUUUUGUAAAUCUCCGAUGCCUCACCUCCUCCCCUCCGCACACAGGGGUUAAAGCCGUGUGCCCCUCCCAGGGGCUGGGAUGGUGACAGUGACACCCGCAGUAAAUAGGUGAAAUGAGA